AUGAACGCCACCAACAACACGCCAACCCCGCACGGGAUCCACCACCGCGAGGGCCAAACGGUCGAAGACAUCGCUCGAGCACCGCCGGGAGAGAGAGUGUUAAAAGUCUCCCAAAACACGCAGACGAAUAAAUUGGCCACUUCGAUUGGUUUCGUGUGCGAACACGGAGAAGCGCCGCUGAUUUUAGCGCUCGGGCCGGCGAACGUGAACACGGCGGUGAAAGCGAUGGCCAUCGCGAGGAGGAAAUUGAAGGAAGAAAACGUGGAUUUGCGUUUGUAUCCGACGUUUCGAGAGGGGGCCGCCAAACGAUUUUCGGCGAUUCUUUUGCAGACGUGGAAAGAAGAAGGGAACGGGAACAUGCAGAUGGAGGACGAGGAAACGGACGUGAGUUUGACGUGCGGGGCAAACUCGGUGCCGAGCCAAGUGGCUGGGGCAAUCGCCGGGAAGAUUCGCGAAGGGUAUUCGGUCUCUAUCCGAGCGUGUGGCGCGGAGGCGGUGAGUAAGACGGUGAGCGCGGUGACGUUCGCGAGAAUGUUUUUGGCGGACACGGAAAAAAAUCCGCCAGAAUCCACGCCGUUGGGAAGAGUCGUGGAUAUUUCGUGCGCUCCGGAGUUUCGACACGAGUCGGUUGGGAGCGACGGAGACGAGAGGACGAUUUUGAUGUUUACUAUCAAAGUGAUCGACCCGAGAGACGCGCCGAUGGUUUCGAUGAGCGCGGAGGCGAGCGGAGCCAUUUCCAUGGAACGGCAGCGAAGGUUAGCCGACGAAGGUAACGCUGCUGCUGCUACUAAUGCUGCUGUGAAUAACGGCGAAGAAGUUUCGUAUUGUCAGCAAUGCGGCGCUGUAUUCAAUCGCAUGAGUGCAAAUUUCUGUUCCCAGUGCGGCUGUAAGAGAAGCUAG